CAAAUCAAAUUCAAGAUGGGCUUCUCCUCAUCCUCUAAGCUCUUCCUCCUCUUCCUCUCAACAUCUUUCCUUAUUUCUACUGCCUUUGCUCACGAUUUUUCAAUCGUGGGCUAUUCAUCAGAAGAUCUGGGAUCCAUAGAUAAGCUCAUUGAGCUGUUCGAAUCAUGGAUGUCGAAACACGGCAAGAUUUAUGAGAGCAUUGAAGAGAAAUUGAACAGAUUUGAAAUCUUCAAGGAUAACUUGAAGCACAUUGAUGAGACAAAUAAGAAGGUUACAAGCUAUUGGCUUGGAUUGAAUGAGUUUGCAGACUUAACCCAUGAAGAGUUCAAGGGAAUGUAUCUUGGUUUGAACACUGAUUUGGGUAUGCCCAGAAGGAGAGAAUCCUCUGAAGAAUUCAGGUAUAGAGAUGUGACUGAUAUCCCCAAAUCUGUGGACUGGAGAAAGAAAGGUGCUGUCACUCAAGUCAAGAACCAAGGUGGUUGUGGAAGUUGUUGGGCAUUUUCCACGGUGGCUGCCGUUGAGGGCAUAAAUCAGAUAGUGACCGGAAACCUGACAUCAUUGUCGGAGCAAGAGCUGAUAGAUUGCGACAAACCCAACAAUAACGGGUGCAACGGAGGACUCAUGGAUUACGCAUUCGCCUACAUUGUCUCCAAUGGUGGAAUUCAUAUGGAGGAAGAUUAUCCCUACCUCAUGGAGGAAGGCACAUGUGAAUUAGAGAAGAAGGUAAAAGUAGAGAUGGUGACAAUUAGUGGUUAUGAAGAUGUGCCUGAGAAUGAUGAAAAGAGCCUUUUGAAGGCACUGGCCCAUCAGCCUCUCAGCGUUGCUAUUGAGGCCUCUGGUAGAGAUUUUCAAUUUUACAGUGGGGGAAUUUUCAAUGGGCACUGUGGAACCGAACUGGACCAUGGAGUAGCAGCAGUUGGAUAUGGUUCGACAAAGAACCUGGAUUAUAUCAUCGUGAAGAACUCAUGGGGACCGAAAUGGGGAGAGAAAGGUUAUAUUCGGAUGAAGAGAAACACAGGAAAACCUGAAGGAAUUUGUGGAAUCUAUAAAAUGGCUUCUUAUCCUACCAAGAAGAAGUGAUUGAUUUUAUAAACCCAAAAACCCUUUUGUGUUUUCCUUUUUUUACUGUAUU